AUGGCACCAUCUGUAGACGACGGCGCGAACCCCGCGUUUGACAAGGAACUUGCUCAAGCUAUCUGUGAUCUCGAGAUCCCCAACAGAAUCAGAUUCUCGCCCGAUGGCCAAAAGGUUCUGUACUCGACAACUCUGAACGGUGACCAGCGCAAAGGCGAGCAUCCCAUCUCGACGCUGUGGCUGGCUUCGACCGCAGAGCCCGGUUCAUCGCGCCAACUGACUUCUGGUCUGUUCAACGAUACCACUCCGACCUGGCAUCCCAGUGGAAAUCAGAUCGCAUUCUCGUCCGACCGCUCGAAACCGGGCGAGAGCUCCGCGAUUUGGUGCCUGCGCUUGGAUGGCGGCGACGCAACCCCCAUCACGCCAACCGAAAACGCACAGGGCAUUGAGAUGUUUGCAUUUUCACCGAACGGAGAGACCAUCGCCUAUGUUUCUUCUGACGAGAAGAGCUCGACGCUUAAGGAAAAGGAGGAGAAGAACGAGCUUGAUCCAGCCGUCUGGGGCAGUCGGUGGGAGUACGGUCGUUUGCGGCUUGUUGACGUGGCAUCCAAGCACACCAGAACCCUCGUCGCAGAGGAUCGACAUAUCACCCAGAUAGCCUGGAGUCCUGAUGGGAAGAGAGUGGCCUUCCUCAGUAACGAAAACCCUCAUAUAGAGGAGGCUAUGCUAACAGGCACGACCAUCUCGACCGUCAACGUCGAAACCGGUGAGGUUAGGGACCUGUGCACGGUAGUGAACGAGCUGUAUGCGCUGACCUGGGCCCCCGAUGGCCAAAUUUACUUCAUCACUGGCACGCCCGACGACAAAGACUCUGGAGGACGGUCUGUUUACAGCGUCAAUCCCGCGGCAGCCCCGAGCAAGUUUGUGAAGUCCGCCUGCGGCGAGGAUGACGAUGCUGGGUCACUCAUCGUGGCGGGCGGGAAGCUGCUGGUGAAUCGCAGCGUCAGGCUUGACACUGUGAUCAGCGAGCUGGGCGGGAGAGAUCUCUUCCGAAAGAAUACCGAGGUUUGGGCGUGGGACUUCUUCGUGGAUCCCAACACCGAUACUGUAAUUCUCGCGGCCGGCUUGUCAGACGUCAACACGCCUUACGAUGUAUUCAUCGUCCAAGAGGGCCAGAACGACCUCAAACUCUCGGAUCAUGGCAAGACAGUCGAGAAAUAUGCCUUUGGCUCCUGCUCUGUGCUCACCUGCCCAUCCGCAGAUGGAGAGGUUGAGCUGGACGGCCUUUACUUCGCUCCAUCAGCCAAAAUAGGAGACAACGGCGUACCCGAGGAACCGCUCCCAACAUUCGUCAUCAUCCAUGGAGGACCAACGGCCCGCGAUUGCAACUGCUUCGACACGUCAUGUUUCAACUGGGCGCCGUACCUCCUAGCCAAGGGCUACGGCGUGCUUCUCCCGCAGUAUCGCGGAUCCAGCGGCCGCGGCGAGAAGUUUGCCCUGUACAGCAUGGGCGGCCAGGGCAAAUACGACUACGCCGACGUGAUAUCCAUCACGGACAACGCCAUCAAUAAGGGCUUUGCCGAUCCGAAAAAACUCAUCGUUGGUGGUUGGAGCCAGGGUGGCCUCAUUACCUACCUGUGCAGCGUGCGCAACGGCCUGCACGGCCUCGGCUGGCGCUUCAACGCUACGAUUGCGGGAGCAGGCGUUUGCGAAGUUGAGAGUCUCGCGAUAACGUCGGAUCUUGGCUCUACGUACGAGACCGAGUUGGCUGGCGGGGACGCCAUCUGGACGCUCAGUCGCGACGACACGAGGAACCGCCAGGGCAGCGCGCUGUGGGAGGUCGCAGGCGCGGUAGAAGAGUCACGGCGUCGGGGAGAGACCGUCAUUCCACCAAUGCUGAUCCUCCAUGGAGACAAGGACGAGCGGUGCCCGUUUUCCCAGGCGGAGGGCUUUCGGCGCGCGUUGAGAGCUCAUGGACUGCCGUGCGAGUUUGUGGCGUACCCCGGCGAGGAGCACAGUAUCGAGCAGCAGAGAUUCUGGCUGGACAUGCUGGAGAGGGUAGAGAGGUGGUGCGGUAAGUACAUUGGACAGGAAGGGGAGGCUAAGCUGGUAAUUAGAUGA